AGAUCAGGAUGAGAGAACUCAGCACAGUCUUUCUAAGUUGUGUAGAGGUUAUUCAUUUAACGUGGCUUUGUUGGUUUGUGAAAAAUACAUUUCCCGAUGUUCCUUUCCACAGAUUUCAUCCUUCAUCAGUCUGUUGCCUCAGAAUCGUUGUCUGUUGACACAUUCAGCUAUAAGAAUGAUGUCUACGUGGCCAUUUCUGCUCCCAGCACAGAGAGCUGUAUGAUUUUCCAGUGGGACCACAUAGAAAUGAACUUCAGGACUUAUGAUAACAUCACAGGUCAGUCUAUUGUGGGGUGCAAAUCUGUUAUCAUGGAAAAUGAGGUGUUUGUCAUUGUGGCUCAGCUGUUUGGUGGUUCCCACAUUUACAAGUUUGAUGAUGAGCAAAGCAGGUUCAAAGAGAAAGGACCUUAUAAACUGUUAAAUAUCCACACCUUCAUAGUUUUCACUCACAAAUUAGAGCGGGGUCAAGAUGUAUCGUGACUAUUUCUGAAUGGCCUUGCACUCAUGGAUCCUCAGACUUUCUGAAGUACUACCCUUUCAUAACUACUUCUAUUCUCUUAAAAAUACCACUGAAGUUCAUGAUGGGUUAAAAAAGAGACAUUUAAUUGAAUCUAUCUGGAUUUAUCUUUUUUUUGUUUAAUAUCUUUCUCUCAGUAGUUUUAUGCAGCUAUAAAAAUACAUCAGGACCUGAAUGAACGUAACAAAUUUAUUCUGAUUUGCGGUGACUGAUGAUGGAUUGAAUGAUUUUGCCACCUACCUGUAUCCUCAUACCCUGUGGUAACGUACAGUACCUUGCCUUAUCAACACUGGGGUCUUUUGUUUGAUGGUUACACAGUGCCUCCUUCUGGCCGUGAUGAAGUACCACACCCCUCUGCUCUUUCCAUUACAGGGAAUGUCUAGAAAGCACAAACCUUUAAUUAUCAUAGCUGAGAUCAUAGAGUGUAGCCGUUUGUUGGAAGGUGUCUUUGUAGAUGCUGUAGAUUAU